GAUUAGAAGCGUUUAGAAAAUGUUGUCUUUUUAUUUGUCUGGUUAAUUAAUUUUUCUAAUGUUUAAUUAGUUGAUUUUUGUGAUACAUUUGUUUUUUUUUCUAUUAUUUGGAAAUUAUCUUUUUGUCCAAUUUUUAAUUGCUUUUAAUUUGGACUACGUUGAUCUCGAUUUAACUCACAGGUAAACCUUUUCUCUCUCUCUUGUCCUUGAUUUGAAAUGGUCUCUGUUUCCGAUCCGUUGGUCAACCUUAUUCCUCAAAAUGAUAUUGACUCACUGCCGGUUCAUUUAAGGGAGAAUCUAAAUGGACUCCUUAGGAUGAAAGAUUAUCAAAUUUCUUCCACUACGGAGAAAUGUGAACAAUUACAAGCUGAUCUGAGAGAUCGGCAAAGGGAAAUCAAUGGUUAUCGUGUUAAACACCAAAUGGCUGAAGAAUUUUCUCUUAAAAUGAGAGAACAGCUUAGAAGUGUUGAAGAUACACUACAAAAAUCUCGCCGAGAAUAUUAUGAUGUUGUAAUAGAAAAAGAAAGUCUCCUCCAUGAAUUGGAAAUAUCUAAGCAAAAUGUGAGAAGACUUCAAGAGGAGCAGAAGAAUAAUGAAUUUUUAAUGCAAAGUAAAUCAACAACAAUUAAUGCUUUGCAAACCGAAAUUGAAGAGCUUGGUAAAAAAUUGGAAGCCGUCACCGAAGAUAAGAAAGAAUCAUCUCUUCAAGCUGAAAAGGUUGAAUUACAAGAGAUGUCACUUAAACACCAAAUGACCAGAAUAGCCAAUGAGAGAGAAUUUUAUCAAAAUCAAGUUGAUUCUCUUACGCUUGAAUUAAAUAAUCAAUCAAGUGAAUUGUCCAACAUUCGUAAAGAAAAAGCUGCCCAAUUUGUUGAAAUGCAAUCAACUAUAGAUGAAAAAGAUGAUAUUAUCAACAAAUUACAAGAAGAAUUAUCAACAUUAAAAGAGUUAACAGAUAAGAAAGAUGAACACAUUGAUUCAUUGGCCAAACGAAUUAAGGAAAUCAAUGAUGCCAGUGUUCAAUUUGAAGUACAAUAUCAAGCCGAAAUUGAAGAGAUGAAAAGUUUAGCUUCACAUCAUUCCAGUGCUUAUGAGAAGGAGAAGAAAACAAAUCAACAGCUUUUGGAUACAAUCGAGGAGAUGCAAAAGCUUCUUCUAGAUGGUCAACAGGCCCAACAAGAUUUGGAAGAAACUCUUACUCGAGCAACAAUGGAAUCUCAGAAAGUGAUUAAAUUCAAGGAUGAGGUUAUCAAAAAAUUGGACGAUGAAAUAACCCGAUUAAAAGCUCAAGCAGUGGCCAAAAUUCAAGAAGAUCUGGAGGAAGAGGUUGAUCAUUAUUUUCCAACAGCAUCGGCGACCCAUAAAGUGUUCAAAAGUAACAUGUCUUUAUCUCAAAUUUACAAUGAGUAUAUUGUUUUACAAGAUAAACUGGAUGCCUCUCAGAUUGAAAAUAAUCGUCUUAAGGAACAAUUGAAUCAAUUAAUUGAGGAAGCUGAACAGAAGACUCCCUUUAUCCACCAGAAAGUUCAAGAAUCGAGAAAAUCAUUACAAACAAUUAGAGAUCUUCAAAUUCAAUUGGCCAAAGUUACCAAUGAAAAGGAUUCCCUAAUAGAGGAGAAAGAGAAUCUCAUUCAGAUGACCAAUUAUCUCAACAGAGAGAUCGCUCGGCUUGAGCAAACCUCACACGAUUUGGCUUUACAAGUACGAUCUCUCAUUGCAACAGUUCAUGAGGCUAAAGGUUAUGAACUUGCUAGACAAGAAAAUGUUCCUGAAAGAGAAACCGAGGAAAGUGCUGCUAAUCGUAUAAUCACCCAACAUCUUGUGACAUUUGAUGAUAUUACAUCUCUUCAAGUGAACAAUCAACGAUUGAUAUUUUCUAUUCGUGAUCUUGCCGCUGAAAAUGAAAGGCUAGUUGACCAAUUAAAGGAGAAAGAACAAUUUUCCCAGCAAGAAAUGAGUAAAGCGUUUGAAGAGAUUAGUAAACUAACCGAGGAGAGAAGAAGACAAGCUGAAAUGUUAUCAGAAUUAAUGGAAGCAAAGAGUACCCUUAAGUCAAUGGCAAAAUCUGAUGAAUCAAAUAGACGAUCACCUGGUUUUAAUUCAGAUUCUAGUAGGAUGACCAUGAAUGAAACACUUGUUGAAAUGAAAGAGUCUCUCCGCCGAAUUCAAGCUGAAGCCACUGCUAACAAGGCUGACUAUGAGCAGAAAAUGAAGGAGCUAAAUGAAGAUAUUAGCCACUAUCGUCAAGAAUUGGCGUUGGUACAAACUGAAAAGGCUAAAACUGAAAGUGAAAGUGAAUACAUUCAAGAGAAGAUGAAACUUCUUCAAGCAAAUUUCGAGCUUACAAAGAAAGAAAAUUGCAAAUUAGUCGAAUCAAAUAGUAAACUUAGCCGUAAGCUUGCUAAAAGUGAAGGUAAUCUUGCUGUUCUUAGGAAGGAAAUUUCCGAAAUCAAAGGAACCCGUGAUAAACUUGAGGCCAAUAUUCUUGCUCUUCAAUCUGAACGUGAUUUACUUCGUAACAAUGAAAAACUUUUAACCCAAGAAAGAGAUAAUCUUAACAAGGAUUACCAGGAAAAGAGUAAACUAAUCUCAACGUUACAAAAAAUUCAGGAUAAUUUUGCUCGAUUGGAAAGUGAAUCAUCGAAGGGAGUAUAUUUACAAUUAGAGAAACUUGAGAAAGAGGCCACUUAUUUCAAGGGUAAACUUGUCGAAGAAGAGCAAAAGGCGAAAAACCUGGUCCAAGCUCAUUCGAAACAAAUCGCUGAUCUCCAUCAAAAGAUUGACUAUGAAUUGAAGAAAAAUGCCGAAUUACGAGAAGCAAUUGUAUUAACCGAGAGUCGAUUACACGUCGUUGAAAGUGAACUUAAAGUAAUUAAAAGUAACUUUGAACAAGAUCGAGCUCGAUCAAAGGAUGAACUUCGAGAUAAUCCUGAACAAUUGAAAAAGAUUCGUGAAAUGGAGGAUAAAUGGAGUAAAGCGGAAGCCAUGGUUAAAGAAUUAAGGGAAGAAAAUGAACAAUUAAAAAACAAAGUUAAUGAGAAGGAAGAAAAAACUAAAAAAUUGGCCUUACAAGCUCGUUCUAGAAUUGCUGCCUUAACUCAACAAAAGAAAGCACUGGAAGCGGAAAAGGAAGCUUUCCUCAAGCGAAUCACUGAAUUAGAAACACUGGUUUCACAAGCUGAGUCACAAACAAAUCAGAAUAAAUUGUUAACGAAGAGACUUGAAGAAACGGAAAAAUUAGCUCGAAGUGCUUCAAGUCAAGCGAAAACGUUUAAAAUUGAAAACGACAAUCUAAACAGAAUGAAUGCCGAAUUACGGGAAAAAGUUGAUACACUUGAAGAAAAUGCAAAGAAAAAUUCUCUACGAUUUAAAACUCUCUCAUCAGGUAGUGCCAUUAAAUUGAAUAGAUUGAAAGCACUGGAAGAAAGUCAAGCUCGAAUGCUGGCUCAGCAAGAACAAUUCGAAAAAUUUCAAGCUCAAUUAUCAUCUACACAACAUUCUCAAAGUUCCACUUCUUCCUCUACAGUUCCCACCGGAUCAUCGGCAGCGUCAACCUCUGGAUUUGUUGGAACAUCAUCAGCUAAUGUGCCAACACCUUCAUCUUCAUCUUCAUCUUCAUCAACCUCAAGUUCAACUGGAUUAGUAAGACAUCCAGUUUUACCUCAGAAACAAGUACCACCCGCACCAAAGCCAACACCUAGAGCGAGUAUUAGACCAUUAUCAGUCUCUAGGCUUCCACCAAUUUCUAGAUCAACCACAUCAACUCCUGGUCAUGUUGCUGUUGUCGCUGUUCAGCCAAACACUGAAGAAAGUGCUCAACUUGUUCCACAGGCAACAGUUGCUCCAACCGUUGUUGCGGCACCAACACCUACGGCUGCGGCUGCUGCUGCCUCUUCUUCCGAGCCAAUAAUGUCUUCAUCAACCUCUACAUCAACAUCAUCAAUACCUUUAUCAUCAACUGCUAUGUCAUCAUCAACACCAUCACCUUCACCAGCAGCAUCAACACCAGUAAACUCUUCAAAUAACAAUCAACCUCCAAUCAGUUCAAGUGAGGCAACCCCACAACUUGAACGUCUCAGUCGUCCAGCUGAAGUUGUACCUUCAACUCGUGACAACCAAAGCUCUGAAUUACGAAUCACUUCAAGCCAAGGAAAUAGUAACAGUAAUAACACUUUAAACCAAGAACCCUCUGUAACAACGAGUGAUGAAUCUGGUGAAACAUCACGACAAGGGUUAAAACGACAACGUGAAUCGCCCUCACCUUCAACAUCUAGACCUCAAUUACAAGAAGAUGAUGGUAGUAAGAAAGUUAGACUAGAGGAAGGUAAUAUCGUUGAUCAAGAGAUCAUGUAUGAUACUCAGCAAGAUAUUUUAACUCAUGAACAAGAUGAUUUUGUUGAUGAAUCAAAAGAAAGUGAAGUUAAUGAAUCAAGUCCAGAUCAAUUACCGGUCGUUGCUUCACAAGAAGUUCAACAAGAAAAUGAAUAUCAACAAGAGGAGUAUAUUCAACAUGAUCUACAUAUCUCAGCUGAUUCAUGUGAAGAAGAUGAAAGUGAAGAUGAAUCAGAUCACGAUGUGGUGGAAGAAGAAGAAGAGGAAGCCGAAGUUGAAAUGGAAAAUGAAGAGAACGAAGAAAGUCAAGACCGUGAACAUGAACGCGAACGCGAACGUGAACAAGACGAAGAAGAUGAAGAAGCUGAAGUGGAAGCCGAAGCCGAAGCCGAAGCAGAGGUUGAUGAAGAAGUCGCCGAAGAAGAAGCUGACGAAGAUGAUGAAGAAGAAGAAGACGAGGACGAAGAAGAUGAAGAGGACGAAGAAGAAGAGGAAGAGGAGGAAGAAGAAGAAGAAGAGCAAGAUGAUGAUGAUGAUGAAGAUGAUGUCACCAUAAUACAACCAUAAACAAUCAAAUUACCAGACUUGCAUCUUCAGACAAACCAAAUCAAUCGAAUUCAAUCUUUAUACACAGAAAGAAAUCCAAUCGAAAUCAUCCAAAUAAUAAAUCAAUCAAUUUAAAGUUCCAAAUGAUUGAAUGUAAUCUUUCAUGGAAUCCGAUUGAAAAUCAUUUUCAUCACAAUCAAUUGAUUAGAGAAAAAAAUUUUCAUCAACAUCUCCAAUCUCUCUGACUGAGCCACUAAACAGUGAAUUCAAUUUACCUGAUGAAGGAAAACAAAAAUAUUAGUCAACAAUUAAUCAUCUUAAUCAAACAUGUUAAUUAACAUUGAAAAUUGAAUUUCUACCUCUGACAAAAUCCGUUCCAAUUGAAAUGCUGAUAAUUUUCAUAAUGUAAAAGCAAAAACUGGAAAAUUAUCAUCAUUAUCAUCAUCAUAAUCAUCCAGCCCAGAGAUGAAGUUUAAAAAAACACAAGCACAAAAAUAGCAAUUUAAUCUUAAUUGCAUCCUAAUUGUUUAUUUAGGUUUGUUUUUUGUAUGUGUGUGUGUGCGUGUUUUCAAGUGUCUAAUAAGUUACCAAUUUCUUAAAAUUUUCUUGCGCUAAUUGUUGAUUCUAAUUUACUUAAACCAACAUUGAAUUAUAAAAAUGGAAACAAUUAGAAAAAUAAAUUCUAAUCUAUGAAUUGAUAUUUUGAAAAGAAACAAAAAAAAAGAGAGAAACAAAACAAACGUUGAUCCAUUGGAUUAGCAAAAAUAAACCAAAUUGUUAAUCCAAUUUAUUUUCCCAAUCGAUAAUCAUAUUAAUCAUCAUAAGAUGAUUAAAAUAUUAACCAUAAAUUAUUAAUGAAAAUGAAAA